AGCUGCUGGCGUUCUGCAGCGGCGCCCUGUGUUUCCUCUGGUUGUGGGUGUGUCGUCUGCGGGGUGGCACCGUUGAGUUGGGCCUGCUCCUCCGAGCCCUGCUGCUGUCCUGCUACGGGAAGGUGCUCCUCAUCCCCGUGGUGAUCUGGGAGCACGACGACGCCCCGCUCUGCCUGAGCCUCAUCAGGCUGUUUGUGCUCACCUCCAACUCCCAGGCCAUCAGAGUGAUCCUGAACUGCAGCAGACGUCUGUCCCUGGUGGCGGUUUGUGUCGGCCUGCUGUCAGAGACCCUCACAGCUCAGGCCUGUAAGGAGCUUUUACUCAGCGUCCAGGAAGUGUGGACGUCUUAACCAUCAUCAGCGCCGCGGUCUGACCGCAACGCCUGUCAACGCUGGGAAAAGACGGUCGCAGACAGCACGAGACCAGAGGACACACAGCUUCAUGUGAAGCCAUGAAACCAACGUUUAAAUCAGAGAUAAACUCAAACGAAGGUGCAGAAGAUGUUUCCAGAUGAACAGACAUUUGAGAUGUGRCCCGUUUCCUUUAGAUUAAAUAAUCUUCAUCUCAGACAUCAAAGCCUCCUGCUGCAGCGACGAUCAGAGGACAAACAGCAGCUCAGCUCUGAGAUGCAGAUCGGAGCAUCAAGUCAGACGCUUUCAGAGGAGGAAGUAGGGCAGCAGAGGCGCUGCAGCUCCACUUCAUGUUUUCAGCAUCUUUAUUCUCGUUUCACUUGGUUUGUUUUCAUCAGAUUAAAAAAUGCAGAAACUGUUUUCUGAUAUUAAAAUUACAAAAUCAUCACUGAA